CUAAAGCCCUGUGUCUCUAUGCAUAUAAAUAAAGGUUUGAUACAGUUUUCGUUUAUAUCAAACUCCCUCAACUUUAUAGAGACUUGCUUUCAGCACUAACAUCCAUGGAAUGUAACUUUCUGGGAUGAAAGUUACAGAAAAGCUUGGUGGGUUUCUGUUUGGUUGUGAAGAAAGUGUAGACUUAGUGGCGGUUGGCGGGGCACGAUACAAACGAGUAGUAGUGCACGUAUGAUUGAGCAGUUUUGACAUGUGGAGAAACGAGGAUACUUCAAUGGAAGCUUUCUCCAAGUCUUCUCGUGAAGAAGACGAUGAAGAAUCUCUCAAAUGGGCUGCUAUUGAGAGACUGCCUACUUAUUUACGCAUAAGGAGAAGUAUACUCGCUGAUCAAGAGGAGGGUAAAGCCAGAGAAAUUGAUGUCAAGGAUCUUGGAUUACUAGAGAGGAAGAAUUUGUUGGAGAGGUUAGUGAAGAUUGCUGAGGAAGAUAAUGAGAAAUUCUUGUUCAAGCUCAGGGACCGCAUGAAUAGAGUUGGACUUGAAUUUCCAACAACUGAAGUGCGGUUCGAGCACUUAAAUGUUGAAGCAGAAGCUUAUGUAGGAAGCAGGGCAUUACCUACAAUGUUCAACUUCUCCAUUAAUAUGUUAGAGGGGCUCUUGAAUUGUGUUCAUCUUCUUCCUAGUAGAAAGAAACCUUUGCCAAUCCUACAUGGUGUAAGUGGAACAAUCAAGCCAAGAAGAAUGACACUGCUUUUAGGCCCUCCAGGCUCUGGAAAAACCACAUUGCUAUUGGCAUUGGCUGGAAAGCUUGGUAAAGAUCUUAAAAGAUCUGGAAGAGUUACCUACAAUGGACUUGGGAUGGAUGAGUUUGUACCAGAGAGGACAGCAGCUUACAUUAGUCAAUAUGAUCUUCACAUACCGGAGUUGACUGUGAGAGAAACUCUGGCCUUUUCAGCAAGAUGUCAAGGGGUCGGACCACGUUAUGAAAUGUUAGUAGAACUACUAAGAAGAGAGAAGGCUGCAAAUAUUAUGCCAGAUUCUGAUCUUGAUGUCUACAUGAAGGCAGCAGCACUAAAAGGACAGGAAACCACUGUGAUUACAGAUUAUAUACUCAAGGUUUUGGGACUUGAAGUUUGUGCAGACACCAUGGUAGGGGAUCAAAUGAGACGAGGUAUAUCUGGUGGCCAAAGAAAGCGACUCACCACAGGGGAAAUGCUUGUUGGGCCAGCAAGAGCACUUUUUAUGGAUGAGAUAUCGACUGGCCUGGACAGUUCAACAACAUUUCAGAUAGUAAAUUCACUAAGACAAUCCAUUCACAUUCUCAGUGGAACUGCUGUAAUCUCUCUCCUGCAGCCAGCACCAGAAACUUAUGAUCUCUUUGAUGAUAUAAUUCUCCUCUCAGAUGGGCACAUUGUGUAUCAAGGUCCUCGUGAAAAUGUGCUCGAGUUCUUUGAGUACAUGGGCUUCCGAUGUCCAGAGAGGAAAGGAGUCGCUGAUUUCCUCCAAGAAGUGACAUCAUGGAAAGACCAAGAGCAAUAUUGGACUGAUAAAGAUAAGCCUUAUAGCUUUGUCACGUCCAAGGAAUUUUCUGUAGCAUUGCAGUCAUUUCACAUUGGUCAAGAACUCGGUGAUGAGCUUGCUAGACCUUUUGACAAGUCUAGAGGAAACCCUGCAUCUUUAACAACUGAGAAGUACGGCGUUAGCAAGAAGGAACUUUUUAAGGCUUGUCUGUCUAGACAUUAUUUGCUCAUGAAGAGGAACUCGUUUGUCUACAUUACCAGAAUGACAAUGUUUCUCAUAACUGCUUUUGUGACAAUGACACUAUUCCUACGGACUGAGAUGCACCGGGAUACAGUAGAAGAUGGUGGCAUUUAUAUGGGAGCUAUGUUCUUCACAAUGAUGGUAAUUAUGUUCAAUGGAUACUCAGACCUUGCUAUGACUCUCAUGAAACUUCCUGUGUUUUACAAGCAAAGGGACCUGCUCUUCUAUCCUGCUUGGGCAUACUCUUUACCAACAGUGAUUAUAAGAAUCCCCAUGACCUUUGUGGAAGUUUCCAUUUGGAUGGCCAUCACUUACUACGGUAUUGGUUAUGAUCCAAGCAUUGGAAGGUUCUGCAAGCAGUUCCUUGUACUAGUGUGCAUUAGCCAGAUGGCAAACGGACUGUUCCGAUUGAUAGGUGCAUUAGGAAGGAACAUGACUGUUGCAAACACAUUUGGAUCUGUUGCUUUACUAUGCUGUUUUGUUCUGGGUGGCUUUAUGUUAUCACGAGAGGAGAUGAAGAACUGGUUGUUGUGGGGAUAUUGGCUCUCACCGAUGACGUAUGGAACGAAUGCAAUGGCUGUCAAUGAGUUUUUUGGAAAAAGUUGGAGACAUGUUCCACCGAACUCAACAGAAUCGUUAGGAGUUAUGGUCUUGAAGUCUCGAGGGGUAUUCCCAGAUGCAAGUUGGUACUGGAUUGGAGUAGUAGCUUUAUUUGGAUAUUUUCUUCUGUUCAACUUCCUUUACACUUUGGCACUACAGCUUCUGGAACCACUUGAUAAGCCUCAGGCAGUAUUGUCCAAAGAGGCUUUGGCAGUGAAACACGCCAUGAAAACUGGAGAGACCAUUGAGCUAUCGCCAAUAGGAAACAAUUCUAUUGGAGUAGGGAAUGAAGUUCUAGAGAAUGUGUCAGCCAAUCGUCCCAUGCAGCAAGGAAUGAUUCUUCCUUUUCAACCCCUCUCAAUUACGUUUACUGAAAUCAGAUAUGCAGUUGACAUGCCACAGGAAAUGAAAGGUCAAGGCAUUACUGAGGAUCGACUAGAACUGCUGAAGGGUGUGAGUGGUGCUUUCAGGCCUGGGGUCCUAACAGCUCUAAUGGGUGUUAGCGGUGCUGGAAAGACUACUUUACUGGAUGUUCUGGCAGGAAGGAAAACCGGUGGAUAUAUUGAAGGAAACAUUACCAUUUCUGGGUAUCCAAAAAAGCAAGAAACAUUUGCUCGUAUCUCAGGAUAUUGUGAGCAGACAGAUAUACACUCUCCACAUGUUACGGUUUAUGAGUCUUUGAUUUAUUCUGCAUGGCUCCGCUUGUCCCCUGAAGUUGAUUCCCCAACCAGAAAGGUCUGCACCAUCCACCAGCCAAGCAUUGAUAUAUUUGAUGCUUUUGAUGAGAUGCUCCUUCUGAAACGAGGUGGCGAAGAAAUAUAUGUUGGCCCUUUAGGCUACCAUUCUUCCUACUUGAUCGGAUACUUUGAGGGAAUUAGUGGAGUUUCUAAAAUGAAGAAUGGUUACAAUCCUGCAACUUGGAUGUUGGAGGUUACUUCUGCAGCUCAAGAAGCAGCUCUAGGGAUUAAUUUCACAGACAUAUACAAGAAUUCAGAAGCAUACAGGAGAAACAAGGCCUUGGUCAAGGAACUAAGUAUUCCUCCACCGAAUACAAGAGACUUGUACUUCCCAACAAAAUAUUCUCAGUCUUUCUAUACCCAGUGCAAAGCUUGCUUAUGGAAGCAACAUUUGUCUUACUGGAGAAACCCGGCAUACAGUGCAGUUAGACUUCUUUUCACAACAUUGAUAGCUUUAGCAACCGGGACAUUAUUCUGGGGUCUUGGCUCCAGAAGGCAAAAGCAGCAAGAUCUUUUUAAUGCAAUGGGUGCUAUGUAUUCUGCUAUUCUCUUCAUUGGGCCACAAAAUACCUCAACAGUGCAGCCAGUUGUAGGCAUUGAGCGAAUAGUCUUUUACAGAGAAAGGGCUGCCGGAAUGUACUCUGCCUUGCCAUAUGCCUUUGGACAGGUUGGGAUUGAGCUCCCAUACACUUUGAUCCAAACUAUCAUAUAUGUGGUUAUAUCAUACACGAUGAUCGGAUUUGAGUGGACGGUCAGCAAGUUCUUUUGGCAACUAUUCUUCAUAUACUUCAGUUACUUAUACUUCACCUUAUAUGGCAUGAUGAGUGUGGCCAUUACUCCCAACAUUGCCGUUUCCGCUGUAGUUUCCACGGCAUUCAACCCGCUAUGGAACGUUUUUUCAGGAUUUAUCAUUCCCAAAUCAAGAAUUCCGAUAUGGUGGAGAUGGUUCUACUGGUCGUGCCCGGUCUCUUGGAGCUUGUACGGAAUGAUUGGUUCGCAGUUUGACGGCAUUGAGGACAGGCUUGAUUCCGGCGAAACUGUGGACGCUUUUACCAGGACUUAUUUUGGGUAUAGGGAAGACUUUAUGAGUGUUGUUGCAAUAGUGCUAGUAGCUUUUUCAGUGCUCUUUGGAUCCGUCUUUGCCUUUUCAAUCAAAGCCUUUAACUUUCAAAAGAGAUGA